CUGGGAAUUUGAGAGUUCGCCCGGCGGACUCGCGAUCUGGGGGUUCUCGGGUGACACCAGCUCUGAAGCUUGAUGCUUGGGGCUCUGGCUGCGCACUCAGUUUUUGAUCUGAAGCAGGGGGACAGGGAGCGGAGGGGGCCUUCUGGAAGGCAGAUCUGUGUGUGAGUCCUGGCCCUGCCCUUUACGCCCCCUAACUCUUGGGAAGUCAUUUCACCACCCAGAACCUCAGCGUCUCCCUCGGCAAAACGAGCGCACGAAUCUGAAGGCUGUGGACACAAAAAGCAAACACAGGCAGGUAGAGUGCCCUUAGGCAAGAGCUUCCUAAGCCUGGCACCCUGCGCAGAGCUCUCCACCCUGCCCACCUGCAGGGCCUUCCUCCUCUGCCUGGAAAGGGGGGCACCUUUGUAUUUGGCUUCAUUUCCUGCACUGGGUGAUGGAGGCCCUGUAGAGCUCCUCUGGAUGGGAGGGCCCCCACCCCCAGGUCAGCCCAGAGGUGGAAGUUGUGGAGAGUGGGGGAGAGGGAGACUCCAGUUAUUGACUUCUUCUAUUUCUGUUGGGAGGGGCUUGGGCGCUGGUGGCCCUUUGUCACUCAGGAGCCAAGGCUUUCUCACAGUGGCCCUUGCGAAAUGACAGCAGUCUAAGUGCUCAGGGACCCGGGACUUGGGACCAUGUUGUGCGGCUUUCUUCCGGCUCCUCACUUCUCUCAUAACUCUGUUUAAUUGUCAGGUUAAUGCUCUGGUUGCUGCAUGUAGUAUUGACCUUUAUUCCGUAAACAGAGGUUGCUAAGAUGCCAUUAUCAGCUCCUGGUUGUCAAAGGGGAUGGUUAGCACUAGCACUCCCAGUCUUGCUGGGCGUGGGGAGAAGAAAGCUGAGAGCAGGGACUGCAUGUGGGCCAAAGCUGACCAACUCCCCCACGGUGAUUGUCAUGGUGGGCCUCCCAGCCCGGGGAAAGACCUACAUCUCCAAGAAGCUGACUCGCUACCUCAACUGGAUUGGUGUCCCCACCAAAGUGUUCAAUGUUGGGGAGUACCGCCGGGAGGCUGUCAAGCAGUACAGCUCCUACAACUUCUUUCGUCCUGACAAUGAAGAAGCCAUGAAAGUGCGAAAGCAAUGUGCUCUGGCUGCCUUGAGAGAUGUCAAAAGUUACCUGACGAGGGAAGGAGGCCAAAUUGCGGUUUUUGAUGCCACCAAUACUACCAGAGAGAGAAGGCACAUGAUCCUUCAUUUUGCCAAAGAAAAUGAUUUCAAGGUGUUUUUCAUCGAGUCUGUGUGUGAUGACCCUACCGUUGUGGCCUCCAACAUCAUGGAAGUGAAAAUCUCCAGUCCAGAUUACAAAGACUGCAGCUCAGCAGAAGCUAUGGACGACUUUAUGAAGAGAAUUAGUUGCUAUGAAGCAAGCUAUCAGCCCCUCGAUCCCGACAAAUAUGAUAGGGACCUCUCCCUGAUCAAGGUGAUCGACGUGGGCCGGCGGUUCUUGGUGAACAGAGUUCAGGAUCACAUUCAGAGCCGGAUUGUGUACUACCUGAUGAACAUCCACGUGCAGCCCCGCACCAUCUACCUGUGUCGGCACGGCGAAAGUGAGCACAACCUCCAGGGGAAGAUUGGAGGUGACUCAGGCCUGUCCAGCAGGGGCAGGAAGUUUGCCAAUGCCUUGAGCAAAUUUGUAGAGGAGCAGAACCUGAAGGACCUCAAGGUGUGGACCAGCCAACUGAAAAGCACCAUUCAGACGGCAGAAGCCCUCCAGCUUCCCUACGAACAGUGGAAGGCACUUAAUGAAAUUGAUGCUGGUGUUUGUGAGGAGAUGACCUAUGAGGAGAUCAGGGAUACCUACCCCGAGGAGUACGCGCUGCGAGAGCAAGACAAGUACUACUACCGCUACCCCACCGGGGAGUCCUACCAGGACCUGGUGCAGCGCCUGGAGCCAGUGAUCAUGGAGCUGGAGCGGCAGGAGAACGUUCUGGUCAUCUGCCACCAGGCUGUCCUGCGCUGCCUCCUGGCUUACUUCCUGGAUAAGAGUGCAGAAGAGAUGCCUUACCUAAAGUGCCCUCUUCACACUGUCCUGAAACUGACGCCCGUUGCUUAUGGUUGCCGUGUAGAAUCCAUCUACUUGAACGUGGAGUCGGUGAGCACACACCGGGAAAGGUCAGAGGAUGCAAAGAAGGGACCUAACCCGCUCAUGAGACGCAAUAGUGUCACCCCACUAGCCAGCCCCGAGCCCACCAAAAAGCCUCGCAUCAACAGCUUUGAGGAGCAUGUGGCUUCCACCUCCGCUGCCCUGCCCAACUGCCUGCCCCCGGAGGUGCCCACGCAGCUGCCCGGACAAAACAUGAAAGGCUCCCAGAGCAAGGACUCCUCCCGGAAACACUGAGGCAGACCCAUCGGUUCCACUCCAUUUCCAUUUCUGCAGCUUAGCUAUUGCUCUUCCGUCUACUCAAGGCCAAAUGAUCCCAAGGACUUCUACCGGAACAGGAGGGUGGUGAAGAAGGCUGUGCUGAUGGAACAGAGCCGGUGUCCCAGCAGCGUCGGGGAAGCCAAGAUACCAGGAGGCCUUUCCCGUGUGCACGUGUGACCACCGCAGCUGCCAUGUGAGGCCGCAGUGCUGCCUCUGCUCUCCCUGCCUCUCCAGGGCAUUGUGGCCUCACUGAUCCUCCCACCCCCAAGGCUCAGUGAGGGUGAUGAGCAGAGGAGGAGGCGAGAGAAGGCCUCAAGACAGGGGUGUCAGUGCCUCUGUGCUAUUUUGUUGUUUUUCAGCUGGUAUGUUCUCAGCUGGGGAGAUGACACUGGCCCCAGAAAUCUCCAUUAAAGGGGCCUAGAUCCCGGUGACUGAAGGUCAAGGGAUGUUGAGCUUUCACCAGGCUUUACUGUUCGUCUUGGCUGGGCACGUCGCUUUGUGAACUCCAGGUGGAAAGAGAAGUCAUGCUCUACCCGUGCGUGCACCUACCUUCCCAGGCACGGUCUGGCAAUGUAGUGCUUAUUAGCACUGGGAUCUCAGCCCCCCAGGGAGCCCCGUGGAUCUUCUACCUGGAUCUCCGGCACCUGAGAUGGAAUUCCCAGGGCUGCUCACUUUUGCACUUUGUUUUAUGGCAGAAAGUGUGGCCUGAAAGUGGCACCAUCUCUUCAGGAUCUUAGGUUUUGUGCCCUCAGUGACUGCAGGGCUGAAAGAAAAUGGGGACAGGGUGGCAGCGGGCCCAUGAGAUGGUGAACUCAGGACUCUGCAAUCCAGCUGAGGCGAGAGCGAUGAGAUCACUGCAGGACUGGCCUGGGAGGCAGUCUGGGGUGCCGCAUUCCCCUCUUCUGCAGGAGGUCGCCACCUUCCAUGAUUCCUGGUAGGGAUAGUGGCCUGCUCUUGGCCACUUCUCCCAGAGCGUCCAUGGCCUCCUGACAGGUCUCUUUAUCAUCUCCCCAUGUUUUUCUCAAGCCCCUGCUGUGCUGGGUUUCUGGGGGGAAUUCAGAGGAGGAGACUGUCCCUGCUCUCCUUUAUGGCACUUGGCCAUUUUUGUGGAGUUUCAAAGCAGGGCCUUUGGAAUGUGUGUUCUAAAUUCUUAUAGUUUCUGCCUGCUUGUUUCUCCUUGUUGACUUCAAGUACUGGGGAAGGAGGGGUGUCUUGAGGCUCAGAAGAAGCAAUUUCUAGACUCAGCAGUGGAGUUUGCCCAAAUGAUCCUUUAGGAAUCUCUGCUAGCUGGUGCCAAAGGACACUCUACUUUCCUGUCUUCUGCUUUUGAGCCUGACAUCCUCACCCUUCUUAGCUUAAGAAAUAGUUAUUGGAAGUGGGAUUGGGGACACUGAGCCAUCUGGGGCCUGGAGUGGAGAAGAGCUGUAUUUUGUUUUGUUUGAGGAACUUUUAGAGAAUGCAUGUUUCUCUGGUUGUGAUUACGUGGGAAACGGAAAGACACUUCAGAUACCAUACAUCAACUUUGUUGUUUUCACACCAAACCAUUGGAAUCCCACUGCCCCCUACCUACACCCCCAGCCCCGUUGGCAGACGGCCUGAGAGGCUGUCUAUAUAUUCCUGUGUGAGGAAGACCUGGGCUAUUUUUCUUACUCUUUGAAGUCUGGUCAGACAGCAUGUUCGUGUGUGCAUGAGUGUGGGGAGGUGAGUGUGUGUGUGUGUGUGUGUGUGUGUGCAUGCGAGCGUGUUUGUAGGCUGCCUGCAUUAUUAAAUGGCCUGCAGUUCUGCCCUUGAGCUUCCUCACACCCUCUGGCCUAAUCUCUUCCCCGGUGUCAGAGCUGACACUGAAUAUUGGCUGACCCUACCCAGGGCUUUAGGGGAUCCAUCCCCCUCACCUCUGACAUAGGGGACUUGCCUAACAGGAGAUAGAACAUAAAUGUGGAUGGGGAAGGAGGCCUUGGAAAGCAGAGGCUGCCUCAUUGAAAGCCGGGGAUCUUAAUUUGGGGGAGAGGGGGUGGUGAGUGGAAGGUGUUUGAGCUGCAGUUACAGAGCUUCAGCCACUCCGACUACUGACACCACCUCCUCUCCCCCCAGAAAAUCUGGGACCAAUUUUUUUUAACUUUGCAUAUUUGUUUCUGGGUGUGCAUACCCCCUCUCCUUACUCUGUCCUGAGACCAUGGGCCAAGCUCUUCAUUUGGGGGGAGAAGAAAAACUGAACCACACCAAUGACGUUUUUGUUUGUAAUACUUGAAAUUUAUUUUUUUAUUAUUUUGAUAGCAGAUGUGCUAUUUAUUUAUUUAAUAUGUAUAAGGGAGAGUGAAGAUAGGAAGCUGUAUAAAUUGGGUUUGGUUGUUUGUUGGUUUGGGGGCCUUUUACAUGUGACUUACUAUGCCUCUGUGUUCUAAUGUUUGUCUGAAUUAAUUACCUGGGAUGAAGCUGUGCCAGCUUUCACACAGGGGAUGCCUUUCAAAAAUUUGUAUAUUUUGCAAUUGCCAGAUCAAUAAAAUACCUGGUUGAAAUACACAAUAAUGUGCACCUCUGAUC